AUGGCCAACUUUUUCGAUCUCAAGGCGCGGCAAGCUGCAGCCGCCGCCGCAAGCUCCUCCAAAGCUCCUACCGCCAAGCCUGAGACCAGCAGCCUACAGCCCUGGGUCGAGAAAUACCGUCCGAAGUCCCUCAACGAUGUCAACGGUCAAGACCACACCGUAACCGUCCUUUCGCGCACCCUCCAAUCAUCCAACCUCCCGCACAUGCUCUUCUACGGCCCCCCGGGCACCGGCAAAACCUCCACGAUCCUCGCCCUCGCCAAACAACUCUACGGACCCGAGCUCAUCAAAACGCGCGUCCUCGAACUCAACGCCUCCGACGAGCGCGGCAUCGCCAUCGUCCGCGAAAAGGUCAAAAACUUCGCGCGGCAGCAGCUGUCCAACCCGCCGGCAGGGCCCGCGGGCGUCGAGUAUCGCAAGCGCUACCCGUGCCCGCCCUUCAAGAUCAUCGUCCUGGACGAGGCGGACAGCAUGACACAGGACGCGCAGAGCGCGCUGCGCCGCACCAUGGAGACGUACUCGCGCAUCACGCGCUUCUGCCUCGUCUGCAACUACGUCACCCGCAUCAUCGACCCCCUCGCGAGCCGUUGCUCCAAGUUCCGCUUCAAGAGCCUCGACGAGGGCAGCGCCGCCAGGCGGCUCGAGGAGAUUGCGGGCGCCGAGGGCGUCACGCUGGGCGAGGGCGCGGUCGAUGCGCUGGUGCGCGUCAGCGAGGGCGAUUUGCGGAAGGCCAUUACGUUCCUACAGAGCGCGGCAAGGUUGGUGGGCGCCGUCAAAGUGGCGGAGCAGCAACAUCCGAAGAAGAAGGGAGCGAAGGUCGUAGACGAGGAUGACGAUGCGAUGGAUGUGGAUGAGCAGGGCGGUGGGAAGAAGAAGCCCGUUUCGGUGCCCGUGAUCGAAGAGAUCGCAGGCGUGAUACCGGGCCCAACAAUGGAGCGGCUGUAUGAGGCCAUGCAGCCCCGCGCGAAGAGCAAAGUCUACACCGACGUCGCGCAGGCGGUUGAGGACAUGGUGGCAGAUGGCUGGAGCGCGACGCAACUGGUCGCACAGCUGUACGAGAUGGUCCUGUUCGACGAAAAGGUCGAGGAUCUCAAGAAGAAUAAGAUCACCCUGGUCUUCUCCGAGACGGACAAGAGGCUGGUUGAUGGUGCAGACGAGCACUUGGAGAUCCUGGAUUUGUGCUUGAGGAUCGCAGGCAUUCUGGCUGAUGGUUGA